AUGAAUUCAGGUGAGGAGGACGAGGGCGACGAAGGCGGCGAGGGUGGUGAGUCGGAAGUGGACUCGCAAGCCAGCCGCUUGCUCGACGCAAUGUCGGCAUUCCAUCCACUUCUCAACAUCAAGGCGUGCGGUGAUCCCAUUGCAACCGACAGCGACAGCAGCAAGGCAUUGCCACAGCGAAACAUACAGCAACGCCCGACAAGGCAGACACGUGGCCAGCGACUCACCAUCUUGGAGGGUAGAGAUCGCAAGGAUGACGAGGAUUUCUGGGCACAUGCUGGUUUUCACGAUGCGUCAUCCGAUAGCGAGUUUAAUGCGCAGGAGGAUUCUGACGACACGCAAGAAACGGAUUUCAGCCAAGCGCAGGAUGAGGCCAGCGUGGAGGAGCAGGAGCCCUCGAAGGAGUUGUCGGCGCGGACGACAAAGAAGCCGACACGUCCCAGCAGGUUUGCAAGUCCUGCAGCCCCUGCAGCCACAGCUGCCUCUGCAGCCACAGCUGCCCCUGCAGCAACAGCUGCCCCUGCAGCCACAGUUGCCCAUGCAGCCACCGCUGCCCCUGCAGCCACAGCUGCCCCUGUUACGUCACAAGGUCCCGACGGCACUCUGCCCGUAAGGCGGGCUCGUCGACGACAUCCACAUCUCUUUCUUCGGUCGAAUAGGAUCCUCCGCAAUUCCACCAUGGAAAAACGGGCCAGUCGAGACCAAAAGGCUGGCCAGGCGCGUCCAAAGAGGCAGAGCCAGGCAAAGAAAGGCGCAAAGCCGCUGACUCAGGAGGAGCGGCUCCAGGAGGCCGUUAAGACAGAGGAAAGAAACCGACGGCAGCUUCAGAAGCUGCAGAGUGACGAGGAUGAGAGAAGACGCUCCACAAAGCGGCCUUGCAGGGCACGGUAUGCUGGACCUCGGCUGCGCUUUGUUUCGAGGCUUUCCGAGAACAUGCCAGCUGCGACGGCUGGAGACGUCAUCGGGGCGCGCCCGGGCGUUGUGUGCUACGUGGAGCUGAUCGAUUGCAAUGCAUCCGAUUUCCUCAGACUGCCGAAGAAGCAGGACAUCACAGCAGAGUCCACGAGCACCGGCUUUGCGGCCUUCGUGGGCUGCUACAUGCUGCUGGAGCGCACGUUACGUGCUUACUGCUUAUGGGUCCUCAGCGUCCUCACUUUGGUGGUCGUGCCUUUGUUUGCCACCUUUGCGGCCGACAAUGUGUGGGUCAAGGAAAGCUUCUACAGGGUCCAACCGUCAGUGACCUUUGCAAACGAGAUUUAUGUCCUGCUCGGCGGAAACACCAUGGAAAGCGCGGUCGGAUGGAGUACCCAGCCAGAUCUCCAAGCACUGCUUCCAAAGCAGGUCAGAGUGCCCACUGUGCGUUCGAGCACAGAGGAUCACAACAGAGAUGGCAUUGCUGACACUUUACGGUUGUCACUGGAUUUCCCAGCGGAGCACGAAACCUUCCACAGCGUGUUCCUACUGGCAGUAUAUGACGUUCAGAUUCAGGGCAAGGUGGCAGAACAGCUCAGCAGCCUUGUGGCGCUGGACAUCUCUAGUCCCCGCCUGACAUCAGCCGACAUUGCCAACAGCAAGCAGAAGGGAUCAGCGCUUACAAUGAAUGGUGGGGAUGGAAACGGCUUGUCAAAUGCUGAGGCAGAAGCUGCCUUUGUACCAGAGCGCCGAGGUGGCGAUGGUUUCUGGCAAAAAACUUCGGAGGGAGAUGGCGCGACAAAGAAUGACACGCUGAGGCAGGCAGAGCUGCUGCUGGAAGCCGGCUCCUUUCAGGACUGCGAAGAUCAAAUUUUCGCGGAGCUUGCAGAUGGACACGAGUCUCCUCAAUGUCCCCGCGCUUUGCGUCUUCUCAUUCACAGCUACCGGUGCCAAGGAAGACAUAGCUGGGCGAGAAAACUGGCAGAAGAGCAGCUCACGAGGUUCAAAGCGAUGCCACUACAAAACCAGGCGCACGGGGCAGCCAUGAUCUACUUGAGCUUGGCCGAGCUGGAACUCGCAGACAAAAACACUGCUACUGCAGCUCAAAUGGCAAAGGAAGCGUUGGCAGCGUUUGCAGAGCUUGAUGUGCCUGAGGUGUCCUCUUACGAAGGAUUCUGUUUGCUGGUCCUCGCUGGUGCGGCAGCUGGGGAAGAGAAUUACAGUGCUGCCAAAGAGUAUGCUUGCGACGCUUUGGAACGUUUCCAGGAUGACAAUCACUUCCGUGGUUUGGGCCGCGCUUUGCUGGUUCUGGCAGAGGUCCAGGCUGCGGCCCACGACCCUGCUGCUGCUCGUUCGGCGGACAAGUCCUUGGAAGUUUUCAAGUUCUGCGAAGAUGAGGUGUGGCAGGCAUUUGUCCUUCAGAAGAAAGCCGGCUGGUCCUGGGACCAGGAGAACCCAGCCGAUACUGCAAAGUUUGCCGAGGCUGCUAUGCACCUUUGGGAAGCUAAUGGACACCCGCUGUCGAGAGAGGCAGAGCUCGCGGAGAUUGCAAGCGCGGCCUUCCUUACAUUGAGGCAGCCGGAGAACGCCGGUCGGCUUUGUCGUGCUUGCCUGUAUCGGGCACGCACAGUGGGCGACAGGGCCAUCGAGGGGCAUAUGCUGCAUGCCAUCAUUCGAGUGAAUCAGGUUCUGCGAGACAUGGAUGGAGCUGUCCAAGUUGCAGAGAAGUCGUCGGAUCUGUUCCACGAGAUGGGAAACAGGAGAAUGGAGUUGGCUUCAUUGCGAGCCAAGUGCGAAGUCCAACUCGCAGGUUCCACGCCAGAUCCCAAGGCCCUUGAAACAGCCAAGCAGGUAGUAGCCUGCGCCGAGGAGCUGGAUUUGCAGCAGGAUGAGGAGCUCGCCAACGCAUGGUUGCAAAUGUCCCGGUUGAGAAGCGCGCGGGAGGAAACCAUCAACGCCCAAAAGGCAAUGGAAACGGCCAUCCAGCGAUUUGAAGCUGCCGGAAAAAGGAGACAGGCCGCCGAAGCCGCACUCGAGCUAGCAGACCAGAGAAUCAAGCUGCAGGACUAUGCAGGAGCUGCAGACAUGGCGAAGAAGGUGCGGUUGCUAUGUCAACGGCACAAGGACAUCAAGGGCGAAGCCUCGGCACUUCUGCUACUUGGGACCGUUUGUCUUCAAAGCCACGACAGCCUCGAGGCUCUCAAGGCUGCGGAAGCUGCGUUUGAGCUCUUCCGGCAAAGUGGAGACAGGUUUCGUGAAGCCGAAGCCCUCCUCCUGUUGAGCCAGGCCGGCCGACAGCACUGCGACCAGUCCGAAGGUGGACCCGGAAAGUACUGGCUCUACUUCGGUGCGGCAUUGCAGGCUGCGAAGGAUGCGAUGGUAAUUGCUGAGUACCUUGACAACUUGCACCUGAGAGCUCACACCCAUUUUGCUUUAGCCAAUAUCCAGGUCCUUUCAAAAUUGCUUCUGUCUGAAGCUUAUGCCAACGCUCUGGAGGCAUCCGAACUCUUCAGCAACCUGGGAAGUGUGGCAGGCACUGCCUGCAGUUUCGAACUGCAAGCCUCAGCACUUCAUAAUCUUGGUCACCGCAGCACGGCCGUCGAAGCUUUGAACAAGGCGAAGGAGGUGUAUGCACAGGCAAAGAUGGGGCCGAGUGUUCAACGCUGUGAGGAGCUUCUGCGCCAGCUGGGCGCUGGACCCGUACCAGCGAUACAAGAGUUGAAGCCCGCCGAGACGAAGCAGGGAACGGAGCCUCCGCCACUCUCGGCAUUGCCAUUGCAACUGCCAAAGAGAGAACCCAAGGAAAGGAAGGAUCCCAUGAUGCUGGUGGGCAAAGAUCGGGUGAUGGCGCAAGUGGCCAUUAUCAUGGAGGAUUUGGGCGUCGAGGAAAUUGAUUUCGAUGACGGCCUGAUGUCAUCUGGUUUGACCAGCAGGUUACCCAUUUCCACUUCCGGCAGGGCUGCCGUCCAGCUGAAAGGUCACUUUCAGACUGGCUCAUGGACAACAUGGAAGCUGCUGGAUGAGAUGUGGUGGCUUGCAACAAGCCUCACAGGAAAAACAGCGGGCGGUAACGGUGAAGCCUCUGCAGCCGUUACAGGGAAACAUGCCGAGUUGUUACCCCGUGGGCGUAACAUGGAAAGGACGUUAAUUCUGUUCGCUUUUGGCACCAGCGCAUCCGUGGCCGACAAGGCUGCCGCCAGAGCCUCUAUUGCCGUGGCACCACUGACCUUUCCAUGGAACCAGUGCAUCGCCGACCCAUGGCAACCGCUGGAGCGCCAAACGUAUACAAUUGGAGAGGUGCCUAUUGGACUUGAGAGGGAAGCACUGUAUGAGAGCUCGCGUAACAUAUGGCUCCGCCAAGAUCUCUUCAAUGGCGAUCUCAUGACCCACAAGGAGCCUGAACCGAAAAGGGGAGAUGGAAACUGGAAGGUCCUGAAGCUGGCAUGGGUACAGUUGUUGGCCUUCCUCAUUCCGACGUGGGUCGUGUUGGACUGGCUUAAGGCCGUACGUUCCCCAAGCUACUCGAAUUGGAUGCAAGCUAUUCUGGUGAUGCGUGUUUUGCGUGGCCUUCUUCCACCCGCCGCAAGCCCAGCCAAUCCAACAGCGGAUGCGAGCUGCUAA